UAACCGGAAGUGCGUGGAUAAUCAGCUACCAUCAUCAGUCUUUUAUUCAAAAGUUCAAGAAGGUUUCACAGCAACUUUACUGUAGUCAUCUUCCCCGACCGCUGACAUGUCUGCAAUGAAUAGCUGGUGGAUUCCAUGCAUGGUUUUACUUCAUUCCGCUUAUUUGGGAUCUUGUGAUUCAGACUCUGGAAUAGCAGAUGGAGCCCAGCCUGAGCUCUUCAUUUUCCACCAGUCGUGCGCCCUGAAGAAGGACGAAGGGCCCUGCAAGGCAUUAAAGGAGCGUUUCUACUUCGACAUUGACACGGGCCGCUGUGAGGCUUUCGAGUUCGGCGGCUGCAGAGGCAACGCCAACAAUUUUGAGACCUUGGAGGCGUGUGAGGAAAUGUGCCUGGUGUCUGUUGACAAGAGUCCCUGUCACCUGGAGGAGGCUCCGGGGCCAUGUCGAGGUCUGGUAACUCGCUACUUAUUUGACAACCAGAGCCAGGAGUGCAAGCACUUCUACUAUGGAGGCUGCUUCGGCAAUGCCAACAACUUCAAGAGUAUGAAAGAGUGCCAGGCUAGAUGCCAGAACCCAGAAAACCCCACUGUGGCCCUUAAAUUGGAUGUGGCCCCUAAAUUGGAGGUCACCGUCCCAGAACCCCAUAGCCAGCCUAGUGUGCAGUCUCUCAAAGUAACUGACUUCAAUCCUCCGGACGUGUGUCUCAGUCCCAUUGACAAGGGCACAACAUGUGAUGGAGAGGAGAGAACUGAGAGGAGAUACGUGUACAACCCCAAGACAAAGAGAUGUCAGUCGUUGCGUUACAAUGGCUGCGGGGGCAACAAGAACAACUUUGUCCACAAGAGACACUGCAUGAAGAUGUGUAUGAAGCCAGAUCACCAUCACAAAGGGAAGGUCAUUCGUAUAAAGAAGAAGAACAGUAACAUCUUGUUUCGAUCUGUCUAAAUCAAGGCUUCAUAUUAAACCCUUCCUACUUCCUAUUAAACCCUUCCUACUUCCUAUUAAACCCUUCCUACUUCUCAUUAAACCCUUCCUACUUCCUAUUAAACCCGUCCUACUUCCUAUUAAUAUUAAACUCUUCCUAUUAAACCCUUCCUGCUUCCUAUUAAACCCUUCCUACUUCUCAUUAAACCCUUCCUACUUCUCAUUAAACCCUUCCUACUAAACCCGUCCUACUUCCUAUUAAUAUUAAACUCUUCCUAUUAAACCCUUCCUGCUUCCUAUUAAACCCUUCCUACUUCUUAUUAAACCCUUCCUACUUCUUAUUAAACCCUUGCUACUAAACCCGUCCUACUUCCUAUUAAUAUUAAACUCUUCCUAUUAAACCCUUCCUGCUUCCUAUUAAACCCUUCCUGCUUCCUAUUAAACCCUUCCUACUUCUUAUUAAACCCUUCCUACUUCUUAUUAAACCCGUCCUACUUCUUAUUAAACCCUUCCUACUUCUUAUUAAACCCUUCCUACUUCUUAUUAAACCCUUCCUACUUCUUAUUAAACCCUUCCUACUUCUUAUUAAACCCUUCCUACUUCUUAUUAAACCCUUCCUACUUCUUAUUAAACCCUUCCUACUUCUUAUUAAACCCUUCCUACUUCUUAUUAAACCCUUCCUACUUCUUAUUAAACCCUUCCUACUUCUUAUUAAACCCUUCCUACUUCUUAUUAAACCCUUCCUACUUCUUAUUAAACCCUUCCUACUUAUUAAACCCUUCCUACUUCUUAUUAAACCCUUGCUACUUCUUAUUAAACCCUUGCUACUACUUAUUAAACCCUUCCUACUUCUUAUUAAACCCUUGCUACUUCUUAUUAAACCCUUCCUACUUCUUAUUAAACCCUUCCUACUUCUUAUUAAACCCUUCCUACUUCUUAUUAAACCCUUCCUACUUCUUAUUAAACCCUUGCUACUUCUUAUUAAACCCUUCCUACUUCUUAUUAAACCCUUCCUACUUCUUAUUAACCCUCCUACUUCUUAUUAAACCCUUCCUACUUCUUAUUAAACCCUUCCUACUUCUUAUUAAACCCUUCCUACUUCUUAUUAACCCUUGCCUACUUCUUAUUAAACCCUUCCUACUUCUUAUUAACCCUUGCUACUUCUUAUUAAACCCUUCCUACUUCUUAUUAAACCCUUCCUACUUCUUAUUAAACCCUUCCUACUUCUUAUUAAACCCUUCCUACUUCUUAUUAAACCCUUGCUACUUCUUAUUAAACCCUUCCUACUUCUUAUUAAACCCUUCCUACUUCUUAUUAAACCCUUCCUACUUCUUAUUAAACCCUUCCUACUUCUUAUUAAACCCUUCCUACUUCUUAUUAAACCCUUCCUACUUCUUAUUAAACCCUUCCUACUUCUUAUUAAACCCUUCCUACUUCUUAUUAAACCCUUCCUACUUCUUAUUAAACCCUUCCUACUUCUUAUUAAACCCUUCCCUACUUCUUAUUAAACCCUUCCUACUUCUUAUUAAACCCUUCCUACUUCUUAUUAAAACCCUUCCUACUUCUUAUUAAACCCUUCUACUUCUUAUUAAAACCCUUCCUACUUCUUAUUAAACCCUUGCUACUUCUUAUUAAACCCUUGCCUAAUUCUUAUUAACCCUUCCUACUUCUUAUAAACCCUUCUACUUCUUAUUAAACCCUUCCUACUUCUUAUUAAACCCUUCCUACUUCUUAUUAAACCCUUCCUACUUCUUAUUAAACCCUUCCUACUUCUUAUUAAACCCUUCCUACUUCUUAUUAAAACCCUUCCUACUUCUUAUUAAACCCUUCCUACUCUUAUUAAACCCUUCCUACUUCUUAUUAAACCCUUCGCUACUUCUUAUUAAACCCUUCCUACUUCUUAUUAAACCCUUUCCUACUUCUUAUUAAACCCUUCCUACUUCUUAUUAAACCCUUCCUACCUUCUUAUUAAAACCCUUCCUACUUCUUAUUAAACCCUUCCUACUUCUUAUUAAACCCUUCCUACUUCUUAUUAAACCCUUCCUACUUCUUAUUAAACCCUUCCUACUUCUUAUUAAACCCUUCCUACUUCUUAUUAAACCCUUCCUACUUCUUAUUAAACCCUUCCUACUUCUUAUUAAACCCUUCCUACUUCUUAUUAAACCCUUCUACUUCUUAUUAAACCCUUCCUACUUCUUAUUAAACCCUUCCUACUUCUUAUUAAACCCUUCCUACUUCUUAUUAAACCCUUCCUACUUCUUAUUAAACCCUUCCUACUUCUUAUUAACCCUUCCUACUUCUUAUUAAACCCUUCCUACUUCUUAUUAAACCUUCCUACUUCUUAUUAAACCCUUCCUACUUCUUAUUAAACCCUUCCUACUUCUUAUUAAACCCUUGCUACUUCUUAUUAAACCCUUCCUACUUCUUAUUAAACCCUUCCUACUUCUUAUUAAACCCUUGCUACUUCUUAUUAAACCCUUCCUACUUCUUAUUAAACCCUUCCUACUUCUUAUUAAACCCUUCCUACUUCUUAUUAAACCCUUCCUACUUCUUAUUAAACCCUUCCUACUUCUUAUUAAACCCUUGCUACUUCUUAUUAACCCUUCCUACUUCUUAUUAAACCCUUCCUACUUCCUAUUAAACCCUUCCUACUUCUUAUUAAACCCUUGCUACUUCUUAUUAAACCCUUCCUACUUAUUAAACCCUUCCUACUUCUUAUUAAACCCUUGCUACUUCUUAUUAAACCCUUCCUACUUAUUAAACCCUUCCUACUUCUUAUUAAACCCUUCCUACUUCUUAUUAAACCCUUCCUACUUCUUAUUAAACCCUUGCUACUUAUUAACCCUUCCUACUUCUUAUUAACCCUUGCUACUUAUUAAACCCUUCCUACUUCUUAUUAAACCCUUGCUACUUAUUAAACCCUUCCUACUUCUUAUUAAACCCUUCCUACUUCUUAUUAAACCCUUCCUACUUAUUAAACCCUUCCUACUUAUUAAACCCUUCCUACUUCUUAUUAAACCCUUCCUACUUCUUAUUAAACCCUUGCUACAUACACUACUUUUGAAUGAGUCUUUAUUUAUAUCAUUCUUAUUUGACUUUGGUAUGUCCUUGUAGUCUUGCAGCAAUUGUAUCAAAGGCUUGUUUUGGCCUAUUGUGUAAUGUUGUAUUGCUCAUUGUAACCUUUUAACACUUUGUAAGAAGAUGUUUUUAGUAAUAUCACAAUUGUAUACAUUUUACUGUCACAUACCAAAUACCAGUCUAUAAUUGUAUUUUUCUUUCUUCCUGAGGACACCAGACAAGUUGUUUUAUUGACAAAUGAUGAACAUUAAUUAUCCCAAAAGCACUGUACAUGUAAUAUCAUACAAUAAAGCACAUUAUCUGUAUCAAA